GUUUUGGUGCUUCAAUUUUAGCAUUAACUGUGAUUCUGCUUUUGCAAGUUUUUGGUAUAGGCUAUGUACAGUGUAUUCUGGGUUGUGCUAUACAUUGUUAUUGCUUACAAGUAACACCAGUUGGCAAAAUUCUAUGAUUCUAUUUCAGUCUUUAGCACGUUUUUUAUUCAUUUUUGUAAAUUUUAAAAGUUUUAUUUUUAUGCCAUCUAUGUCCACAUUAUAUAAUAUUUUGUGUAUUUGCUUCUUACAGAGUUAAAAGUUAGAUACUUAUAUCAAAGACAAAACCUGAUGCGAUGCACAAGCGGGUCAAGCAGAAAGUUCUAAACUAUGUUCAAAGUGGUUACCUGCUAAAACUUAAACACUACCUUGAAACAUACACUAAGAAGAAUGUGGAUCUUAACUUAAACUUUAAAUCUGGAGAUCUGAACAGAACACCGCUGCAUGUGGCUUGCUUGUUUGGUGAUGAUGCUGUAGUAAGAUGCUUGCUAAGGUUUGGUGCGAGUGCUGAGAUGUUGGAUAAGAACAAAGAAACGCCGCUGCAUUUGGCUGCAAAGUUCGUGGGUGAGGAGGGGAAUUAUUCUGGGUAUAAAAAUCUCAUAGAUCCUUUGAUUCGAGAUUAUCCUGAUGUUCUGUCAUGGGAGAACAAGUGGAGGGAGACUUCUAGUCAGCUACUGAAGGAUGCAAAGGAGAGGUAUACUGCUAGAAAGGAGGACGAGGAAAACGCUUGGAAGGAAGAGGUUGGAAGUUGUUAUAAGGAUCAAGAGGAAGAGGAGGAAGAUUCAGAGGAAAAGAAGUGGAAGGAGAAGUUGAGAAACGAAUGGGAUGAUGACUGUGCGGACGUUGGGGUCCGAGAUAAUUUUAUACUUAAUGAAAAUUGGGAUGAUUUUGUUCCUGAUUAUCCGACUUUUGAGCAAUGGGCGGAUCAGAUGGCUGAGGAGUAUAGGAGGAAAAAUCAAUCAAAAGUUGUCAGUAAUCAGAGGAGAAAAGAGGAGAACAAGAAGAGGAAGAGAGCAGAGGUAAAGGACAUGACUGAUCGGAUGGAGAGAGAACAUGAGAAUUAUAGGAAGAGAAGACAAGCAAUGAAAGAUGAAAUUUUGGAGUCGAAACACAAAAACUACAAAGAAAAGAUGACAAAACACAAAGAUUCAGUUGCAGAUGACGAUAAAAAGAAACUGCGUUUCAAGGAUAUACCAUGGCCUUGUCUUGGGUCAAUGGAUGAAAUGAUGGAAGUAAUUAUGACCGGCCAACCUGCUGGGGAUAACAAAGUAAAAAGAAAAUAUAUUUUAAAGCAACUGAUCCUUUGGCAUCCAGAUAAAUUCGCGCAAAGAUGUAGCAACCUCCUUGCAGAUAAUGAUAAAGAAUCAAUAUUGGACACAGUCAAAACUUUAUCACAAGCUUUAAAUAAUGUUCUAAAAACAUUUUAAUGUUAUUUGUUCUGCAUGCAAUAGUUUUGAUAAAGCUGUUAAGUAUUUUCUGAUACUGGUAGAAAGAUACAUUCAGUAAAAAUGUGUGGGAGACAUAUGUUUUAUGCAAGUAAAAUACCUUUUGUUUCAGUGGGAUUUUUGGGCUUUUGUGUAAAAUACUAAUUCCAUAUUGAAGUAAGUCUUUUAUUUUUAACAAAGUUUCUUAUAAAUUCCAUUGCAACCUAUGUGUAACUUAAUCAAAGAA